AUGACUUUGAGUAAGGAUCCCAUGGCUGAGAUUCCGCUUAUUGCGUCGAUAGAUGUAGGCACGACGUCGACUCGUGCCAUCUUGUUCAACAAGAUGGGCCAGGAAGUGUCGAAGUACCAGAUAGAAUACUCGACGACGGCGACCAAGGACAAGGAGGCGGCCGCAGCAGCGGCUAACGGCGGGGACAAGAGUCCUCAGCAGAAUGUUAUAUUUUCUGCGGAGGGGGUUGCUAUCGAGGCCAACGAGUAUGUGGAGAUAGAGGUGAAUGAUCCCACUCUGCGGUUCCCCCAUCCGGGGUGGGUUGAGUGCAAGCCGAUGAACAUCUUGGCUAAUGUGGUGCAGUGUUUUGCUGCGACGUUGAUUUCUAUCAACAAGGUGAAUGAGGACCGUGUUGCGAACAACUUCGCACCAUAUGUGAUCACGUGCAUUGGUGUGACCAACAUGAGAGAGACGACGAUUGUGUGGUCCAAGGAGACGGGGCUGCCCGUGGUGGACUAUGGUAUUGUGUGGAAUGACACGCGUACGAUGGACAUUGUGAAUGCGAAGAAGAGCAGCACGACGCUGGAGGAGUCGGAGCGUUUGAGGGCCAAGACGGGGCUGCCGGUGUUUUCCACGUACUUCUCAUGCUCCAAGUUGCGCUGGUUUUUGGACAACGUGCCUGAAGUGCAGGAGGCGUACGAGAAGUCGGACUUGAUGUUUGGCACCGUGGACACAUGGUUAAUUUACCACUUGACCAAGAACCACAACUUUGUGUCGGACGUUACCAAUGCGUCCAGAACGGGGUUCAUGAACCUGGACACGUUGGACUACGACCCUGAGUUGCUGGAGUAUUGGGGAAUCGACCAGACCAAGGUCAACAUGCCCAAGAUUUUGCCCUCCGCUUACCACUACGGCGACUUUUGCGCGCCGGAAAUCACCAAGAAUAAGUUGACUGAGGCGGCCUGGAAGGUCUUGCAGGACUUUGCAGUCAAGUGUGUGCCAAUCCAAGGUUGUUUGGGCGACCAGAGUUCUUCUUUGGUGGGCCAGAUGGCUUUCAAGGCUGGUUCCGCCAAGUGUACGUACGGUACCGGAUGCUUCUUGUUGUUCAACACGGGUAUCAAGAAAUUGAUCUCACAGCACGGUGCCUUGACCACCUUUGGCUACUGGUUCCCCAACUUAGAAGGCGAGGAAGAAUGCAAGCCUCACUUUGUCCUGGAAGGUUCCGUCGCUGUCGCCGGUGCCGUCGUCCAGUGGCUAAGAGACAACUUGCGUCUGUUCCCUAGAGCGGAAGACGUGGGCCCCUUGGCAUCCAGAGUUCCCGAUUCUGGCGGUGUUGUGUUUGUCCCCGCCUUCAGUGGUCUGUUUGCUCCAUACUGGGACUCCGAGGCGCGUGGUACCAUCAUGGGUAUGUCGCAAUUUACCACUGCAUCUCAUAUCGCCCGUGCAGCCAUCGAGGGUGUCUGUUUCCAGGCAAGAGCCAUCUUGAAGGCCAUGAGCUCCGACGCGUUUGGCGAAGCGGCCAAGGACAGCGAUUUCUUGGAAGAACUCGUCGACGCAGGAACCUACGAACAUUCUCCGUUGUCUAUAUUGGCCGUUGACGGAGGCAUGUCCAAGUCCGAUGAAGUCAUGCAAAUACAGGCCGAUAUCUUGGGACCUUGCGUCAAGGUCAGAAGAUCCCCCUCCGCGGAAUGCACUGCCUUGGGUGCGGCCAUUGCGGCUUCCAUGGCAUACGAGAACCCCGCAGACCGUAUGUGGAAAGACCUAGAGGACGUCAAGACGUGGAUAUUCCGCGGUGGUCUAAGUAAAGAGGAAGCAUUGCGUUCGUCUGACAGCGUCUCGUCACGGUUGAAGAUAUUUGCCAGCCAGUCCGAUGACAAAGUCAGAAGAAAGAACUGGAAACGCUGGGAGACGGCCAUUGAACGUACCAAGGGCUGGUUGGGAGAUGCAGAAGGCAGCACCAGCACCUCUGUGAACUAG